AUGGCUUCAUCAGUCCUCUGCUGCCUCCUCCUCUUCAUCACCGUCUGGCCUGCAGAUGGAUUUGUGAACUAUGUAUUGGAUCGUUGUGUGUUCAGCUCCCCUGAUCCGAAGGACAUCGAGUACAUCUACUCCAUGUACUACGAGAAGAAGGAGUACAUCAGGUUCAACAGUUCUGUGGGUCACUAUGUUGGAUACACGGAGCUCGGAAUUAAUAACGCUCAGAGGUGGAACCACGGUUCAGAGGUCGUUGUGAGGAGAGCUCAGAAGGAGAGGUACUGCGUGAACAACGUUGGUAAUGAUUACCGGUCUGCUGUGACUAAAUCAG